AUGCCUUCUGACGACUACACUGCCGCGGGUGGUGGUGGCGCCCUGCGCAUCAAGGGCGCCAAGGUGACAAAGAAGAAGAAUAAGAAUAAGAACAAGACCGACAUGGAGAAGAACCUCUCCGCGGGAGAGGGCAAGGUCGCUAAAGGUGCUAGGGAAGGACCCGCCCCAGCGGAAGACGAGGAGGAUGAGGCCCCCAACGUGACCAAAACAGAGUCAGAGUUGCGCUAUGAUGAGUUCAAGAAGAAGCGGCUCCUCAAACUGGCCGAGUCCAAUACGCGACCCGAACUCCUGAAGACACACAAAGAAAGAGUCGAAGACCUGAAUACGUAUCUUUCCAAACUCAGCGAGCACCACGAUAUGCCCAAGAUCGGACCGGGUUAA